UCCCUUCCCAUUUAAGGUGCGGCAGAGGAACAGGUGCGCGGAGAAUCUCCGAGAAGCUUUAUAAAUUGAAAUAUCACCGUCGCGUGCUAACUUACUUUCAGAACGCUGAGGAACACGUAAAUAGAUAACAACAGAGGAACUAACUUUAUCAGCAACACAGCAAACUUAGUCCAACACAGUCAGAUUGUGAGGAGUGGGGGAUUUGUACCUUCACAGCAGGUGGACGUCGUCUUUGUUGAUUCGCAAGUCAAGUCGAAGAAGAAGCGGAAAAUGGCCCACUCGGGUAUGCAGAUGUUGGGAUUCGCCCUGUCUCUUCUCGGCUUAAUUGGAUUGAUAAUUGGCACAAUGUUGCCCCAGUGGAAGAUGUCCGCUUAUGUUGGGGACAACAUCAUCACGGCGAUAUCCAUGUACGAAGGACUCUGGAUGUCCUGUGCGUUCCAGAGCACAGGCCAAAUGCAGUGCAAGGUCUACGACUCAAUCCUGCAGCUCAACAGUGCCCUCCAGGCGACCCGCGCCCUCAUGAUUGUGAGUAUCAUCGUAGUGGUGGCUGGCUUGGGUGUAGCCGUCAUGGGAAUGAAGUGCACCACCUGUGGAGGAGAUGACAAAGUCAAAAAGGCCCGCAUUUCCAUGACUGGUGGCAUUAUCAUCCUGAUUGGAUCUUUGUGUGCCAUUAUUGCCUGCUCUUGGUAUGCUAACGACAUCAUCCAAGCCUUCUACAACCCUUUCACCCCCGUCAAUACAAAGUAUGAGUUUGGUUCUGCCAUCUUCAUUGCCUGGGCUGGAUCAUUCCUGACUAUAGUGGGAGGUGCCAUGCUGGCAGCAUCCUGCCCAAGAGGAAAACCAUCCACUACACCCAAGUAUCCCAUCUCCAGACCCGCCAGCAGCAAGGAAUAUGUUUGAGCAGGACUGGCCUCAGUGGUAGAGGCUGAAGGAACACUUUGACAUUCAUGCUAGUCCAACUCCGAGAUUGAAAUGUUAAAAAGAUAUAAUGCUAGGAGGUGAUCAGUACUUGUUUUUUAUUAUUUUAUUUUAGUUUCUUCAGGGAUACCCUGUUAUGUUACUGUAACAUUAUUUUAACAAACUCAUUCAAGUUUUAAAUAAUGGCGGUUUACUUUUUAAAGAGCGUAUUGGCCUUGCCCUGUCUUGACUACAGUUAGUGCUUACUGAUAUGUAUACUAUGUAGUAUACUAUCCACUUAGUUGACACCUGUAAAGCACAAU